AUGGAAUCGAGAUAUCGCAUAACCACGGUUCAGGAUGCUGCGGUAGUCGAAAGGCACCUUACUUCGCUGAGGGAGCUCCUGCAACACUGCGUCAACGACGAGCCGGCCAUGUCCUCAAUAGGCUUCCUCGCGCCCCUUUCCGACCACAACGCCGUGAAACACUGGCUGCAGUUCUUCCCGACCAUCGCCUCCUCGAAAGCGGACACUGUGUUCCUCAUUGCGACUGAGACCGCCAGCGACGAGGUUGUGGCUACGGUCCAAGUCGUGCGGGUGGUCAAGGAGACACACCGGUACAAGGGCGAAGUGAGGAAGCUUCUGGUCCAUCCGGCGCAUCGUCGCGGUGGCCUUGGCCGGACAAUGAUGAUCAAGGCGGAGGAGCUGUCCAGGAGCGUGCUGGACUUGGAAAUGCUGGUUCUGGAUACCGCGACGAGGACCCCGGCGAGAGACUUUUACAUGAGGCUGGGCUGGAAGGAAUGGGGGAUAUGCCCCGAGUACGCCAAGUUUGCUGACGGGAAGAAGGCAGACUGCAGCUUCUUUGUCAAGAUGCUGACUUAG